UUUAUUUUUUAAAUAAACUUUCUUGUUUCUCAAAUGUGCCGAUCUGCUACUGCUAGAAGAAUCUCAAAAAAUUGCGAGUAAUUUCUAAGAUUAAAAGAAUGGGUUUGGCAUCAGCUAACACAGCAAGUGAAGGAAUGCAACUGUGCGUAUUUGACUUGAGAAGAGGCCAGCUAGAAGGUCAAGAACUUGACAAGAUACUAUUUUUCUUCCCAGCUGAUUUGCCCUUCUCUACCCAACUUUCUGUUAUUGGCCUAAGUGAAGGACUCGUCACUUUUACAAGAAUUUUCUCUCCAGAAGCACCUUGUGAGGUUAUUGAAGCAGAGAGACAUUCUCAUGUUUUUUAUGAGGCAGAACCUGAUAUUUGGAUGGUUAUGAUAGUGGAGAAAAGUAAGGGGCUAGAGGUUAUAUGGAGGAUAGAUGCACUACGAGAGGUGCUGAAGGAAGUUCACUCACUUUUUAUGAUGUUUAAUGGGUCUGUAAGAGCAAUGCUUGAGAAAGAUCCAAGUGGAGGACUAACUCGAUCUCAUUUAUACCCUUUCAUAAUGGAUUAUCUAAGUGAUUUUCUUGGUGGGAAGAAACUUCAAUUACCAUCAUUUCGUGACUGUUUAACAGAGCGUGGAACUGUGCAGAUGUUGACUGUUGGGAGGGAAGCUGCAAUAGAAGUUCAGUCACUUGUCAGGAUACUAGAAUCUUGUGCUGGGACCGCAUCUUGUUAUUCACUAAUUUUCUUCCAGGACCUGCUUGUCUCCACAACAGUUUCUCCUGAUGAUACCAUAAAUUUAUUUACGUAUGCAGUUUUAAGGUUGACCACUCGUGCUUUAUCCUCUGGUGCAAGUUCCUGGUCCUAUUUACGCAAGGGAAAUGCUUCAUCUUAUGUUGCUGCUGGCUCCAGUCUGGCCCACUCCGGUGCUGUUUCAGAAAAUCUUUUUCGUUCACAUGGUAACACUGUGGAACAAGAUAAUAAUUAUCCAGUUAAAAGACCCUUGCAGCCUGACAGGUGGGCUAGAGGGAAGGAUGGUUUUCUUGUCACUGAUAUUUGGGGUACAGAGGUUGGAAGCUUGAUUUCAGCCACCCCAACAAUUUGGCUUCAUCAGACUGAGGAAAGAAUGUAUCUUUGUGCUUAUCAGUUUAAAGGUCUGACCUUAAUCCUUCUGAUUCCUGUUUCCUCCAUUCUUAAUGGGGAGCAAGGUGUUACCCUGGUUAAGCAGCAGGUUCUUGAAAAUGCAUCACUUAAGAUGUUGAAAGUUGAAGAGAAACUAUCAAAAGGAUGGGGUGGUGAGAAUGCUUAUCACGUCAGUGGGUAUCGUUACUUGCUUGUUGACGAUGAUCGAAAUGUAUCUAGGGCCUCUCCAUCAGUAAAGGUUACAACCCUUACUAAGGAAUCCUUACUUGCCAUGAAUAAGCUUAGAGAAGAGGUAGAUGCAGAAAAAAGUAGAGCAAAAUGGAACAGUGUAGAUCGACAGAAAGAUUUGGAAAUAUGCAUCAGGGUAAAAAAUAAUGCUUGGGUUAUUGCUCGUACUACCAGAGGGAAGGAGCUUUAUAUGGUUCUAGAGAAGGCCAAUGAAACACUUCUUUAUGCCUCUGAUGCUGUUGAAAAGUUUAGCAACAGGUAUUGUAGUGGCACUUUCUCGUUGGAUUAGAGGGGAAGUUUGUUGUUCUUGUACAUAUGUGUACAAAUAAUGAGGAUUAGAGGAAAUGCACUGCUCUUGCAUCUUUGGGUUAGGGUACCUGCAUGUGUAGUAGCAAUGGUCUCUAUCUGCUUCUUUCAUUGUUUUCCAGAGGCAUCAAUCAUCCUGUAGAUUUUGACAACACUGAGGUCCAAAACGGAAAAUUCAAUGGUUGUAUAUUUAUUUUGAUGGUCUAACACAUCCAUGAUAAUAUGCUGAUAUGGUUAUUAAUUCUGACAAAAAACCAGGAAAAGAAAAGAAAAGGGAAAAAAGACCUGGCAAUCUACAUAAAAUUUUUAGCAUGAGGAAAGCUUGAUCUUAAUUUGAUACAGUUCGAGCACAGUUGGUACUCUGGUUGGCAGAGUGUAUUUGUGUUUCUUUAUUCUUGUUAAAAAUGCGACAAGACCUUGGUUUUAUUCCUUUUGUAAACUGAGGUGUAUCGUCAAAUUGCAUCUUUUUAUAUUAUCUUUAGGGUGUUGUUUUUAUUUGA